GUGAUGCAAAUAUUUUUCCCAUUUUCCCAACAAAUUUACAGCCAGGAAUUUCCUGGGGAGCACCCUAAUGACUGUCCACGUAAUGUUAAGAAAGCUGAGGCAAUCAAAAUGAAGUGUAACAAUGCAGAACAUCCAGACAAAUAUGGACAUUAUAGGGAGGCUAAAUAUUGCCAGGCCAAGCACCAUUGGAUAUGGAAGCUACAGCAUGUGUUUGAAGGAAUACAAGUUCUCAAGGAUUUUGAGGGCAACGUGAUGCUCUUAGAGGAUGACUACUACUUGUCUGAGGAUAUUAUAUUUACGACAAAUAUGCUAAAAGGACUCAGAGAGAGGGACUGUCCUGAAUGUCGAAUGCUUGUUCUGGGGAAUUAUGACAAAAAUCAGAACUAUGCUGUCAGCGGGUCAAAGGUUGAAAGAGCGUACUGGAUUUCUUCCAAGCACAAUAUGGGGAUGACAUUUAAUCGCUCGGUGUGGUUGGACAUUAAAAAAUGUGCCAAAGAGUUCUGUCGGUUUGAUGACUACAACUGGGACUGGACGUUACAGCAUCUCAGCAUGACAUGCAUUCCAAACAAAGUCCGACUGUUGGUCAUGAAAGCUUCACGGAUUUUUCAUAUUGGAGAGUGUGGAAUGCACAAAAAGUCCAAGAACUGUGAUCCAAUGGCUAAAGUCCAGCAGGCCGAGACAAAAUUAAAAGAAAACCACCAGCAUUUAUACCCGAACAUGGUUUCAAUAGCCGGCGACUCACGCUUUAAGCUGAGAGAUCCAAAACCCAAUGGAGGCUGGGGGGACAUUAGGGACCAUAAGUUAUGUGAACAGUAUUUUAACAUGACUGAAGAUAGAUAA